AUGAAUCAUCGACCAGCAGCUAUCGGAAGGAGAGAGUAAUCACACAAUCAUUACUGCGUUGUGAUAGUCAUUUCGGUAUCGGUGAAAGAUGAACUGUGACAGUGAAAAUCCACAGCAGUCAGAUGGGUCGGGAAAAUUGGAGCAUUCGAUGUUGAAGCUGGGCCCCUUCGACUUAUCGCCAUCACCAGGAGCAUACGGAGAACAGUUUGGAUAUCCGUCACCCAUCACUCCUGUGACUCCAACCACUCCACUCGUGUGCUACCCCAUGAAAAAUCGCGUUCUGCGCCCGGGUGUGAAUCGAAAGUACCGCAAGAGGGCCAUCCUGAAGAAUGGAGAUUGCAACGUCGUGCUGUCACGGCCACCGCGGCAACACCUGCGUUUUCUACAGGACAUCUUCACUACGCUGGUAGACGCCCAGUGGCGUUGGACGCUGCUCGUAUUUGCCUUCAGCUUCGUCGGAUCGUGGCUUUUUUUCGCCGUCAUCUGGUGGUUGAUUUCAUACACACACGGCGACCUUGAGGAGCUCCAUAUGCCCGAUAACCAGUCUGAGGUCGGAUGGAUCCCGUGUGUGUACAACAUCUACUCGUUCACGUCGGCGUUUCUGUUCUCGAUCGAGACGCAACACACGAUCGGGUAUGGCGUGCGAACUACCACGGAAGAGUGUCCUGAGGCGAUCUUCGUGAUGUGUUUCCAGUCGAUCUACGGCCUCAUGAUUCAGGCGUUCAUGGUGGGCAUUGUUUUUGCGAAGAUGACACGCCCAAAGCAACGCAGUCAAACGCUGCUGUUCUCGAAGAACGCCGUCGUCUGUCAACGUGACGGUGAGCUAUGUCUCAUGUUUCGCGUCGGGGACAUGCGCAAGAGCCACAUCAUUGGGGCGUCUGUACGCGCGCAACUGAUAAGAACUAAAAUGACGCGCGAAGGCGAAACGAUGGCACAGUACCAGCACGAGUUGGACGUCGGCUCAGACGGCAGUUCGUCGGAGUUGUUCUUCAUCUGGCCACAAAUCGUAGUGCAUCGGAUUGACAAGGAGUCAGCGCUGUAUAAUCUGUCAGCGUCGGACAUGUUGCGCGAGCGAUUCGAGAUCGUCGUCAUUCUCGAAGGCACAGUUGAAUCGACGGGUCAGUCAACGCAGGCUCGCUCGAGCUACGUGAACACCGAGAUCCUGUGGGGUCACCGGUUCGAGCCAGUCGUGAGCUAUAAUAAGGAGCAGCAAGGAUACGAAAUCAACUACAGCAAGUUCGACUCUACGCUGCAGGUGGACACGCCGCUCUGUUCGGCCCGCGAACUGGCCGAGUUCUACCGGGCUCAAGACGAAUACCGUCCGCCAACCGAUACUGGAGACAGCAUGUCGAUGAAGAUGCAGCUCGAGCGCCGAUGGAAAGACCACUACAGCACGCUGGUGAACACGCUCAGUCAGUACCAGCUGACGGACGACACGUCACACAUCGGGAACGGACCAGACCACUUGUACCCUUCGCGGUACCUGACGAUACAGGGCGUUCCGAGGCGGAAAAAGUCAUACGUCGCGCUGCAGAACAACCUGUGGAAUUUGUUCGAUCGCCCACCGAAUCCCAGACUCAAGGGUUUGCCGAUGGGCACCUCCGAAAGUCCGCCGCAAGAUGGAACAAUUACACGCAGAGUCUCCGACGAUGAUCCCAUCGUGAAUAGCGUCACCGUGCAGAACAUCAAUGAACGGUUGUCUGGGGGUUGAACAGCUGCGAUUGAGCUAGGAUUGUAUCUAGUUUUUCUCCACUGGUCUGAAUGUGAUCAUUUCGAUGUACUUACGCGGGAUGGAAGCCUCAUUAGCGUCUAGCGUAAGAAUCCUAAAACUAGCUUUGUGUGUAGUUUAGCAUGUAUGUGCGAUGGGAAAAUAAAUUGGCUCCUAACGUA